UUUUUAUAAAAGUUUCAGAUGUGCACAUUACCUUUAACAUUGAUUCUGUGAGUGGGACAACAAUCACCUCAACCGAUGGCCUUCUCAGUGGAACACUUUGGUCUUCUCCUUACUUCGUAUCAGGUAAGGUAGGAAAGACCAUAUCAUUUGACGGAACUGGACAGAUGAUAGAUUUCGGAAAUCAGCGCGCAACCUGCUUGGGAAAUCUUGACAAUUGUGUCAAUGGACACAGCAUGGUAUUUUGGUUUUAUCACAACACACCAACUAUAUCCACAACCUAUUAUUAUUAUAUAUCAUCAGGUGGCCAAAAUAGCGGUCCAACUAGCCAUGGAAUAGCGGUCCGGAUUAAUGCGGAUGACACUCUUGGUUUCUACCAUGCAACAACAGCGAAUAAACAAUGGGACACUACGGUGAACAAUAUUGCUACUAUAGCGUUGCCGGAAGUGAUGCAUUGUGGGUGAUGUGUUAAAUAAAUGAUUACUGAUAUAAGUACCCUAAAUGUGUCACAAUUCUAUGAAUAAAAGUGCAAAAUUUGCCUAAGUGUGUGUACUACUCAUAACAAUGUGAAUAUGAAAUCACAUAUAGCAAGUAAAGCAGUUAAUUGUAAUAAAGGUAGCGUGUAGAUUUGUUUGCAUUGAUAUUUACAUUUGUGAUUAUGUAAAAUGUAAUUAAGCCUCAUAAAGAGGCAUGAAGCUUUUAUGUAUUUUGUAAC